UUGUAUAUGAAUAAGUGCAUGUGUAGUUUUAAUAAUAACAAUAACUUUAUUUUUUACUAAUAAAAUACGUUUUGUUAGAAUAGUGAACUUUUUUGUAAUUGGGUCACUUCUAAAAUGUUAAUUGGUAUAACUACACAUUGAGGGAAUAUGAAUGAAACCGUUUACAUUUUACAUAUUUUAUUGAAAUAUUAUUCAAUUAAAAUGUCUUUUAUUUUAAUUUUUAAAUUUAUUUCAUAAACUUCAUUUGUUGUUCUUGCUUUUUUUUAUUUUUAAAUGGGUGCUUAAUUUUUUUCUCAUUUUUUUCUAAAUUUAUUAAUCUUUUCACAAAUGCCUAUUUCAUAAUUUCUGUAAACUUUUGUAAAGUUUGUUUCAUUUUGAUUCUUAUUCAAUUUAUGCAGUGGAUGCUUACCUUGAAAUUUCCUUUUAUUUUUUUUAUACAAACGCUAUGUAAUCAAUAGUAAUGUGGUGACUUCUGUUCUAAAUUGAUGUUUAAUUUUGGUUUGUAUUCAAUUUCUGCAGAGGACAAAGUUUUAACAAAUUUUUAAGCAACCCUUUAAUCAUUGCUCAUCUUUUUGUAAAUCUAAAAAUGGAAUGACAUUUUUCUCUUAGAUUGAAAGUUAGUUAGACAUUACAUGUUGUUGAUAUGUCUGGAUCUGAUAAUGUUGUUCCUUGUGAAUCAUCUGGUGAAGAAUUGGUUGAAGAUAAAACAUCAAAAGUGAUGAAGAGUGAAGAAUAUCCAUGGAUGAUGUUGGAACAAUUAAACAAACAAAGGAUGGAUAAUCUGUAUUGUGACUUCACAAUUUGUAUUGAGGAUGAAGAAUACCCCGUCCAUCAAGGAAUUCUUGCAGCAAGAAGUGAAUAUUUCAAUGCAAUGUUCACUUCAAAGUUGAAGGAAGGUUUUGAAAAACGAGUUGAAAUUAAAGAAUCAUCGAAACAAUGUAUUGAACGGAUCCUGGGUUUCUUAUACAGCGGGAAGAUUGAAUUAUCAGUGGAAAAUAUUGAAGAAACAAUUCGUUGUGCUGCCCUGAUGCAAAUACCAGAUUUGUUGCAAGUUGCUUCUGAAUACGUGGACAGUAUAUUCAACGCUGAGAACUGCAUUCACUUUCGUGGUUUGGCCAAGUUGCUUUACAUGGAUGACUUGGUAAAGAAGGCUGAUAAAUAUUUGCUGGUUCACUUCAGAGAUGUUUGUCGGGAUAAAAGUUGGAAUGAGUUGAGUGCGGAAGAUGUAGAGAUGUUUAUUUCAUCUGAAGAUGUUGUGGUGGAGUCAGAGGAAGUUGUUUAUGAGUGUAUGGUUGGUUGGGUGAAGCAUCAUCUACAAUCAAGGAAACAAUAUUUCCCAACUUUGUUCAAGCAUCUAAGAUUGACAAGUCUUCGUAUAAAUUACAUUGAACAAGUCGUCAGAAAAGAGGAUCUACUUUAUGAGUUCCGUGAAAGUAUUGAAAUGGUUUGGAAACAUUACUUUGACACCAUUGGAUCAACAACAACCAGCAACCCUAGACAUGGAGAUUUUCCUUAUGUGAAUAUCAACUUUGUAUCAGAUGUCAGAUGCGGGAAGUUUAAUCUUCAUGAAAAUAAAGUUGAAGUGAAACAGCACGAAGAACACUACAAAACAACAAUCACGGCAUCUACUGUUUAUGGGAAUAAAGUUUAUGUUUGUUCAAAUAAUCAAGUCAAGUCAUAUGAUGGAAAAAUAUGGGAAAACGUUACAACAUUACAAGGUGACAUGCAAUGCCAACAUAUGGUGGUUUGUGGAGCUGAGAAUUAUUAUUCAGGCAUGCACAGGAAUGUCCCCCAAAAAGGUACACCACAUUUAUUUGUGUUAAAAUCAUCAAAAACAUAUGCAAACGAAAAGCAAGUGACAACCAAUCAGAUUGCACUGUUUGAUUUCCAAUCAAAACAAUGCUUCUCACAAUGGGAAGUGAGACACAAUAGCGUUGAUUGUUUUCGAGAGGGGGCGGUUGUUUUCAGUGAUGGCCGCCGGAUAUUUAUACUUGGAGGAAAACAAUAUGGUUGCGCAGCUCCGCAAGUGCAAACAUUGUCCACAUUUGGAAGAAGAAGUCAACCCAAGUCCAGAUCUUUAGCAGGUGUAGCUUGUAGUCUUGUGGAUAUUUAUGAAGAAGACAAGCAAUCUUGGACACGAGGGAAAGACAUGAAAGUUGCGAGAAGAAACUUUGCAGCUGUGAAACUUCAUUCUAGAAUAUAUUGUUUUGGUGGUAUUGGUUUAAACGACACUCGAUUAUCAAGCGGUGAAUUCAUGAACAUUGUUGAUGGAGUUUGGACGAUGUUAACGAACAACAUUCCCCUUCAACUUGGUGUUGCUUCCGCUUGUUGUGUUGGUGACCACAUUGUUAUGUAUGGAAGUUCAUGCAGUGGAAAGAUCUCUUCAAUGAAUUCUUACACUGAAGAAUGGAAGAUUUGGUCAGAGGAUGAAGAAAAUAAACUUCUACAAGGCAAAGGGAUUCUGUUCACAAGUUGUUCAUGAACUGAAUAUUUCUUCAAUAUUUGUAUCUACUAUUAAUCAGUUAUGUAAAACAGUUUAUUUGGUCUUUCAUUUUGCUUAGUUUUGUUAAUGUCAAAUUUGUUCAACACUUAAUUAAAACUAGUCUGUU